UGCACUCAAUCCCACUGUUGCCUGUGUUGAGUGUUUACUUCUGCUAUACAUAUUUUAUGUCUCUAACUUCACACACAGUCAAAUGUGCAAAGCUUGAGUCUUUAGCAGGUCAACAAUGUCUGACGGGACGACGGCGCCGGUGGCGUUACUGAACGACGAGCUGUCAAAACGGACCUCAAUUUUCGGGAUGCAUUUAUGGGUCGUUGUCGGAAUCUGCGUCGGUGCGGCCAUUGUCAUCUUCCUCUUCCUCAUCUCUCUCUGGUUCACCACCUCAAGAAGAAACAACAACAACAAGAUAUCAACCCACCACCACAACAUCAAUUCCACCAUCCCAAAUGUUUCCAGGGAAAUCCAGGAAAUACGGGUCGACCCGACCAAAACCCCUGACAACAACAAACCCAACCUGCUCCUCCCGCCGCCGCCGCACCGGACACACUCGAGCCCGGAAUCCGACCGGAACGAGGACCAGCGAAUCCACAUUGAGAUUGGGAAAGGGCAGCGGAUAGCCUACCCAGAGAAGGCAGCAGCAGGCCCGGGUCGUCGGAGCGGCGAGACCCGACCCGAAGAUGGGGUGGUGACGGGGCCCGAGGUUUCGCAUUUGGGGUGGGGCCACUGGUACACGCUGAGGGAGCUUGAGGAGUGUACAAAUGGGUUUGCUGAAGAGAAGGUGAUUGGUGAAGGUGGCUAUGGAAUUGUUUACCAUGGGGUGUUGCAGGAUAAUUCUAGCAUUGCUGUCAAGAAUCUGCUCAAUAACAGGGGGCAAGCGGAGAGAGAAUUCAAGGUCGAAGUUGAAGUUAUUGGACGUGUUCGUCAUAAGAAUUUGGUGCGGUUGCUCGGUUAUUGUGCCGAAGGAGCUCAUAGAAUGCUCGUGUACGAAUAUGUCGAUAACGGAAACUUAGAGCAAUGGCUUCAUGGAGAUGUUGGACCAAUUAGCCCUCUCACAUGGGAAACUCGAAUGAACAUCAUACUUGGAACCGCAAAGGGGUUGACCUAUCUGCACGAGGGUCUCGAACCGAAAGUUGUUCAUCGUGAUAUUAAAUCGAGCAACAUUUUAUUAGACAAACAAUGGCAUGCUAAAGUUUCCGAUUUUGGUCUCGCAAAGCUAAUCGGCUCCGAAAAGAGUUACAUCACAACACGAGUUAUGGGAACAUUCGGAUACGUCUCUCCCGAGUACGCAAGCACAGGUAUGCUGAACGAGAGAAGCGACGUGUAUAGUUUUGGCGUUCUUAUUAUGGAAAUCAUAACCGGAAGGAACCCUGUCGAUUAUAGCCGCUCCCCAGGAGAGGUGAACCUGGUUGAGUGGCUGAAAACGAUGGUUUCGAAUCGGAAUGUUGAGGGAGUAGUGGAUAGUAAGUUAAGCGAAAAGCCUUGCUCGAGAGCGUUGAAGCGUGCUCUAUUAGUGGCUUUAAGGUGUGUGGACCCGAACGCUCAGAAAAGGCCGAAGAUGGGGCAUGUGGUUCAUAUGCUCGAGGCCGAUGAUUUUCCUUUCCGUGAUGAGCGUAGAGGUAGGCGCGUAAGUGAAGCGGGAGAUAGUAGUGGAUAUGAAAGCAGUGUACAGACAGACAGGUUUUUGUCAAGAAAGAAAGAAACUACUGAUUAAGAAAGAAAGAAAAAGAGUGGUAAAGGUUAGUUUUUCUUGUUGAUGAGUUGAUAUAAUGGGAGGCUCAUUCUAAUUGAAUGGAAAUGUAAUGAAAUUGUAUUAAUCCCUCUGUUUUUUUAAUCUAAAAAAGUAAUUAUGAAAUCCUGGAACAAAAAAUAAUAUGGGAUUUUUUUAUUUUUUAUUU